AUGGAAGUGUGGGUGAACGGCAACAAGAUUGAUACUGCAGGCGAAUUUGUCGAAGAUGGUACGGAGACGCACUUUGAAGUGGGCCGUCAUGUGUGCAAAAUCAGAGCGACAAGUAGUGGUCGCAAGAAAACCGGCGUUGUUCACGAUUUGUACAUCGAUGGAGAGCCAAUUCCCCAGAUGACAUUUUCGAAGAGUCGAUGA